AUGGCUUAUCCCCCUGGCUAUGGGGGCCCAGGUUCUAAACACAGGACAAGGAUCCCUCCCGUGCCGCAGAACGCAGAUGCCCCCCAGCUCUUUGACGACACCAGUGCAGCCUACGGCCCCCAGCAGCCGGGUUACCCGGCCCCAAGCAUCGACAUGGGUUUCAACCAGAUCUUUGCCGACCCCGUGGCCAACGUAGCGAUGGCCUACGGCACCACCAUCGCAUCUCAGGGCAAGGACAUCGUGCACAAGGAGAUCCAUCGGUUUAUGUCCAUGAACAAGCUGAAAUACUUCUUUGCAGUGGACACCACUUACGUGAUGAAGAAGCUUGCCCUGUUGGUGUUUCCUUAUGUACACCAGAACUGGGAAGUCCGCUACCACAGAGAUGUCCCCCUCACGCCUCGGCAGGACGUCAACGCUCCAGACCUCUACAUUCCUAGUAUGGCUUUCAUUACCUAUAUCUUACUUGCUGGGAUGGCACUUGGUUUACAGAAAAGGUUUUCACCAGAGGUCCUGGGCAUGUGUGCCAGCACGGCGUUCGUGUGGGUCGUGAUUGAGGUUCUCGCCCUGUUGCUGGGCCUGUACCUUGUGACGGUCCAGAGCGACCUGGGCACCUUUGACCUGCUUGCUUACUGCGGCUACAAAUACGUUGGGAUGAUCCUAGCCGUGGUGGGCGGCCUCGCGUUUGGCAGCAAUGGCUAUUAUAUCGCCUUGGCUUGGGCUUCCUGUGCUCUUAUGUAUUUCACGGUACGCUCCUUGCGGAUGAAGAUCCUUCCUUCGAUGGUGCAGGAAGGGAUGAGCCGGCCUAGCGGGAGGGCGCAGAUGUACGUCACCCUAGCAGCCGCCGCCUUCCAGCCUCUGAUCCUCUAUUGGCUGACUGCACAGCUGGUUCAUUAGGCGACGUGGAGGAGAGGACCCGUCCGUAGCGGCCCCAACGUUUGCCUGGCAGGGGGGCUGGCUUUGCAAGGACCCCUCUCUCUUCCUGCCCUCUUAUUUCUCCCACCCACCACCCCCAAAUUCCCUGAAGUACACACUCCACUUCUUCCUGGCCGUCCAAAUCCCGGGCCUCGCAAAGGAGGACGGGGGCUCCGCUGACGCAAGGAAUGAUGCCGAAUAAGGGAGGUGCCACGGCCUCUCGAGGGGCUCCCUGCCCCCCACAAAAUCAUGAGAGCGGAGGGGAAGUGAGGACUGCCAAAACUAUCCAGGCUUGACACUGCCUGCCCGUCCACCCCCACUCGGCUUGACUCCCAAAUCUGUGGCCUGUUCCAUUUCCACUGGUCGUUGCAAACGUCUCCUUGCUUGGGGUGUUCAUGGGGGCAGACUCAGAUAGGGUGGGGCAGGGUUGUUCCAGACACUUCCCCCCAACCCCUUCGUGCUCCUGGGAGCACUUUUGCUAUGCAAAGAAUUUUUAAGAACAUGACUUCUGGUGUAUUAUUAUUAUUAUUAUUAUUAUUGCCUUCUGGAGCAAAGCACCCUUUCCCCUUAUUCUGAAAAUCAGCUGGUUUACUUUAAAUGACUUCUCCUCCUUGCCCCCCACCUGGUGGUCUUUUGACCACCAGCUGAGUAUUGACAGUGCACCCCCCCAAAAAAACCCCCCACCCUCUGCUAUUGUGUUGUCAGAGAGCAGAGGCCCUCACCUCUCAAGGACUGUGUACUACUGGUCGUAACACUUCAGAUGCUGUAUUGUUGAGGUACUUUCAAACUAUUCCCCAUUUGUUUUCUUUUUAUAUAUAUAUAUAUAUAUAUAUUAACCUUUGCUGGGGUUUUUUAAAAAUGUCUUUACUGCCACAGAUACAAGCCAGCAAAGAGGUGGGUUUGGGUUGACAGGGAGGUGUGGGGGAAAACCUUAACGAAAUCUGCAAAGCCGCUAAGUUGUGUCUUGUAGCCAACUUUCAGAGGGAAAGACAUUUCAACUUUCCCCCCCAUCUGUUUAUGGGAGAGUUCGUUCUUGGAAGCGACGAUAAAAAUGUGCUUGACAACUUG